UCCUUUGUAUAUCAUCAAACACACACCUUCGUUUUACUGAGUAAUAUAGUCAUUGCCAAUAAAAUGAUGGCUUCUCCUAAUGUAGCCAAAGCACUAGUUAGCCUCAUUGUGAUUGGAACUAUUCUAGCUGGAGGAGCCCUGGCUCAAAACUGUGGCUGUAGCUCUAACCUUUGCUGCAGCAGAUACGGAUAUUGUGGUUCUGGGGAAGCUUACUGCGGCGAAGGCUGCCGAUCCGGACCUUGUACAGGUUCCAACAAUGGUGGUUCUGUUGCUUCUAUAGUGACAACCCAAUUUUUCAAUGGAAUAAAAAACAAGGCUACUGGGAACUGUCCCGGUAAGAGCUUCUACAACCGAGACGCUUUUAUCAACGCUGCCAACUCCUUUCGCCAAUUUGGUUCUGGCUCCGCUGAUCAAUCUAAGCGUGAGAUUGCAGCUUUCUUUGCCCAUGUUACUCACGAAACUGGAUUUCUAUGCUAUAUAGAAGAGACUGGAGGUGCAAGUCACGAUUAUUGCGACAGGUCAAGUAGAGAGUAUCCCUGUAACCCAAACAAGAAAUACUACGGGCGUGGACCACUUCAGCUGACAUGGAACUAUAACUAUGGAGCUUUCGGCAGGGACAACAACAUUGAUACCUUGAACUCACCAGAAAGAGUUGGUCAGGACGCCAUCGUCUCGUUCAAAUCAGCAUUGUGGUUCUGGAUGACCAAUGUUCAUUCUGUGAUGGGCCAAGGGUUUGGUGCCACCACAAGAAAGAUCAAUGGUGCUCUUGAAUGCGAUGGCAAACAGCCUGACAAAGUUCAAGCUCGGAUCAAUUAUUACAAUGACUACUGCAGACAGUUUGGUGUUUCUCCAGGGAGCAAUCUCUAUUGCUAAUUAAUUAAGAAAGUUCUAAUAGUAGAAUAUUUUACAACAAUAAUUAUAGAUUGUCAUGAGCUUUCUGUUGAUUGCUUCUUAAUAUAAUACGUACGAAUAAAAAGGGUACUAGGACUUGUUUGGAUAGUCUCUACAAAAUACAGUUUUCUCAUGUUCAAAAACGAAUAAUCUUUCGUCUGUCUUGGAAAGAUAUAUAAUAUUGAGAAAUUGUUCUUAUA